CUUUUUUCUUUACCCAAGUUUUUCAGGGUGUCCGACCACAACCUCGCAGGCUCGGCCUUCUUGAUCGUACCGAACAACUCUUCCGUUACAUCGGAUCUCAGAAGCUAAAAGCCUUCCUGGUCGAGGUCAGCGUGGCCAUCUUCCAUGGCGGACGCAAUCCCAUCCACCACUUCUCCGCAAUCUCCAUCUCCACCUCCGCCUCCGUUUGUGGAGGUUAUCUGUAAAAUCUCUGGUAGGAACUACCGAUUUGCAUCUGGAACAAAGGCGGAAUUCGCUGUAUCGUUGAUCAAUAGGAAGCUGGGUUUUGUGAAUCCCCGUGUGAUUUACAUCGAAGCUUUCAAAGAAGGUGAAGAACCGAUCAGCUUUGGGCCUCAUGCGGAUCUUGUAGAUUAUGGGCAUAAUUGGAGGUUAAAGACAGUAACCGAUACAAUUCAUCCUGGAGCAGAGCAUAGCGAUGGUGUUUCUCGGCAAAUACCAAAGAAGUUUCCUCCUUUAUCACCGGUUUCCGAUGAUUCAGAGCUGACAAGGAGGAGUUCGAGACCGGAGGCCAAGCAGAGGUUAGGCCUUUACAUUGGCAAAAUAUUGAUUGCAUUUGCAGUGAUGUUUGUCCUUGGUGCUUUCUUCACAAUAGCUCUUGAGAACCUUCCACGACUAAUAUUACUCUUAAACUCUUCCAUGUAGUUUGUGUGGUUUUGGUUGUAUAAUCAUUUUGCUCUUAUUGCAUACAACUGGUUAGUCUCCUUUCCUAAAUUUCACAUAACCUAUGAAAAUGCAUUCAGUUUCAAUCU